CUAAUGUCUCAGAAUCAGCAUCAAGCCAUGCCAAACCAUUAUCAAAAUGUAAAAUCUUUCAAAUUUGUUCUCCAACUUCCAACCACCGAAACUUUUCCCAUAUUCCUUCGUCUUUAAAACAUGAGACAAGCCAACGAAGCCGGAGACUUUUUCUCUCUCACCGUCGAGCUAAGUGUCCCGAAAAUAUAAUUUCCAUGUGAAAUUAAGUCCGACGUUCCACGUACCCAUUCUCUUUGUGCCGCUGUCGCAAUUUGCCAUGCAAAGAAGGGAUUUUCCAGUUCCAUUGGCCUCAUGAGCUGCAUUCUCGAAGCACUGUCAGUCAGUCGGUCCGUUCAGGUGGUUGUUAAGUAUGUACACGUACCAGUUCACUUUAUCUGAUUCGCCCCCAGUUAUGUAUUACUUAGUCUUCUCCUUUGUUUCACGCAAACAGUCCCAACGUGAUGUAAAUGAAAAUUCGCGAGAGCUGGUUAUGUUGGGCUUGGAAUUAUGAGUGGCUGUUGAUGCCGAGUGGCUUCGAGGGCCCCAAGAGUGCUUUAAAUUACACACCACAAUGAAUUUUAUUGGAUUUAAUAACAAAUUUGUGUACAUAUCUUUAAAAAACAACAACAGUAAUAUAAAACAAUGAUGAGACGUUGUAAGAAAUGUUUUGGAAGUCCUUUGAACCAUCAAGACAAUGGUUUAAUUAAUUCAAAACAUCCUAGUAAUAAGUCAUAAUUGAAAUUCCUGAAUAUUUUACCCCUUGUGAGUGGUGUAAACGAAAACAACCUUGUCUGGACCACCUGAUAGACACACAAAGCCCCUUUCCACAAAUCCCAUUCAAAAUUAAUCUAACAAUUGGCCCCCAAACUUAAUUAACUCGACGCACAGACAAGCGGGACACAGCAUCAACUUAUCUAUCAAUCCGGGAUGAUCGAUAAAUGGGAGAUACCAGUGUCGAACCGAACACAACUGAUUAUGCAUGCGUCCUUGCGACACACUCUGUAGUUUUGCCUGUCGCUUUUAUUGCCGUUGAGGUAGUCUUGUUGCGCACAGUACGGAACAGCACGGAACAGUACCUCCGGUACUGUCUGUCAACGCGGUACGGAUCGUACUCGCGGCCGCACUCGGUAAUGUGUGUGACAGUGAAUCAUGGGGAAAAGCUCGAGCAAACCAAAGAAGAGGCACAGCAUUUAUAGCUUGCAGUUCAACAGAUUCGGUUCCUUACCUCUGCGAGGCAAGAACAAGAAGGACAAUGUCUUCGAACCGAAACGCACGAAGCACAAGGACAUCAACGUGUGGCUCAAGGACCUGGAGUUGGAGCAGUACAAGCCCAACUUCGAUAAGUUCCAGGGCGUCGAGGACCUGCUCGAGUUCUCCGAGUCGGACAUCAAAAACUUGGGGGUGAAGAACUCGUCGCACCGGGCCAGGAUCAUUAGCAGUCUGACUUGUCUCAGAGCUAAGUACCAUGAGAACUUCAAGAGGGCCCCGGUCAGGCAUAGUGUGGCGGUGGACAGCGGGAACAAGAUCAAAAGGGACAGCGAUUUCUUGACGGAACUGAGGACAGCGAGUGAUGUUAACCAGAGCAAGAGUCUGAGCAACUUAAGAAUGGAACCAACAGCAGACCCCACCAUGAACUCUGCGGAGCUGAAGAAGGCCCUCGAAUGGGAGCUGUCGCUGGACAGCCGGGACCUGCGCUCCCACGCCUGGUACCACGGCGCCAUCCCCCGACCCCGUGCCGAGGAGAUCGUGCGCGAAGAGGGCGGCUUCCUGGUGCGCGACUGCACCUCCCAGCCGGGCAACUACGUGCUGACCUGCAGGACCAAGUCGCACGCCCUCCACUUCGUCAUCCACAAGAUCAUCCUGCAGCCGGACACCGUGUACGAACGGGUCCAGUUCCAGUUCGAGGACGAGCCCUUCGACACGGUGCCCGAUCUCAUUACGUUUUACGUCGGAUCGGGCAAACCCAUAACGAUGGCGUCGCAGGCCAAGAUCCAGAUACCGAAGAACAGGAUGUAUCCGUUGUCGUUCUACGCGUCCAAGUAUCCGACGCCGUUGCCGCAGAGCAGGCUCAACUCGCCGGCGACGACGCCCUCGGGUACCAUGCAGUACAGGCACAGCCCCCUGCAGCCCUACAAGCCCUCCGCGUCGCCCACCAGGCCCUCCAGAGAUGCACCUCCCAGGCUACCCUCAAAAAAACAAAGGUCUCAGUCUCUGACGCCUUCGGAAGUGAACAGGGUGUCGCAGGAAAAAUGCAACAGCGCCGACGGCGUCAUCCAAUCGCCCCUGAUGACCAGAUCGGCGGGUGCCGACGCCAUCGGCGCCUCCCUCAAGUUCUCCACGCACUCGUUGCCUCGCACCACCCACAACAAACUAUCCCUCUCGACCAGUUCCAGCACCUUGGGCAGGAACUGCCGACUGACCAGCGACCCAACCCUCUCACCGUGCGCAGAAAGAAGAUACUUCGGCGACCAAGAUUCCGGACUGUCCGAGUCGCCACCCCCAAAACCCUCAAGGCUUCCCAUGUUGGUGAGGACGGAGUCGAAGGACUCAGACAUGACGGACGGAGGCGGAAGACACACAAGCCUGGACGGCAGCGGUAGCGGCGUCUUUCUCCCUACUCACGGCAGCCUCCAACGGAUCACCUCUUAUCACGCUUCCGGCUCCGACUCCGGCAACGGUUCCGGCGACUCGGCACUCAGUUCACAGACCGGGGACACCGCAGACAUCGGUCCAAAGAGUUCCGGUGUGAUAAUAAAAAAUCCUCGCUACAACAUGAGUACAUCCGAGUCUUCCACAACCUUGAAGAACUUCCAGUUCGACUACAUGGAAGCCGAGAGCCGGUUAAUGGAUUUGUAUCCGUCCGAUGCGUUGUUGUUGCCGUCACGUUUCGACUUGGACAACUUCCAGACGUUGCUCCUGCCCGUAAACGAGAACAAACCGCUGGAUGCGCAGGCUUUAAGGCGGAUCAAGAUGACGCUGAAGGAGUCCGGGUCGAGGAUUCUGGCUAAUCACUUAACUCGAACGGACCUAGAUCUGAUCUUCUCGAAGGAGGAGUUUAACUGGGGGCCUCAGAUCACAACUAAAACGUGCAAUGGUAUUGAUCUUUGUUGUCUGCCUCACGGACAUCAAUUUAGGAUUGAUUUAAUUGAAAGGACAAUUUGUCUGAAGCUUCUGGUAGCUAUAACGAUCCUGACAUGUACAGACACGACUGAAAGAACGGAAACGCUCAAUAAAUGGAUUGAAAUAGCCAUCGACACGAAGACUGCACUAGGAAAUUUAUUUGGAUUCUGUGGGAUCAUGCUAGGAUUAUGUACACCUCAGAUAGAGGCUUUAGAAACGACAUGGCACAUGCUGAGGCAAAAAUACACCGAUUCUGCCUUUAACUUCGAAGCGAAGCUGCGACCGACACUGAAGAACAUGAACAGUUGCUCAAAUCCCCAAGCACCGAACACCACGAUACCACACUUGCUGCCAUUAAUUUUACUACUAGAACGUAAUCUGAGCGACUUUUUGAACCCAGGCGACCAGUCAUUGCUGGCGCAGUCUUGUUUGGGUCCUUGGGAAACAAACACGCAGGACUUCGGACUGACCACGCUGUUGCUUCAUAUGCAAUCGGCGAGGAAGUACAUGAGCUCCAGCCCCAACUACCAGAGGAAUGCGGAAAUUGUUUUGGGGGAGGCCAGGAUGGAUGAACUAACGUUGGAUAUAUUCAAAACGGAGUUCCAACUUAAGUUUUUAUGGGGUAGUAGGGGUGCGUACGCUCCUUCUGUCGAAAGGCACUCAAAAUUUGACCAAGUUCUUAACAUAAUGGCUCAGAAGUAUACUUUGAAAGAAGAGACCGAAGUGUAACGAUUUUUUACUAAACAAACUUCAAUAUUGUGAUCACAUGUAUAUACUACCUACUUUUAUAAUUUGUACAUUAUAAUUAUAAUAAAAUUAAAUCACGACAAAUUUAAUAUAGUUGUGUGGCGUAUUCUAGUUUCAUUUUGUAAAUAUGCGAACGCUAGUGGAUUUUCACAACUCUUUGAGGUCCUAUUAAUUUUUUACAUAUCAAAAUCAAAACAAGUUUAUUUUGAGAUUUUUGAGAGAACAACCAAAAUUAACCUCUUUACAACACCAAGACGUUUGGUUAUAUUUAGAAUCGUGUAAAAAAUAAGCUUUAAAACAAUUGUAAUUAGUAGUUCUUAGAAUUUUAUAAAAAGGGUGCUCAUUUACAAGGACGUUAAAUAGACUUUAUGGUCUAAUCAAAUCAAAACUAUGCAUUUUGUUUCGAAUGAACUGCUGCACAUUCUUUUGGUCUCGAUUUCCUCUCACAUAAUAAACAACGAUGUAACAACCUACAGAAGCCAAGACUGAAAUUGUGUUCGAUUAAUCAUGCCUAAACCGACAGUUCAGAUUAACCAUCAACAGGAUGUGUAGCAGGGCAAUAUUUUUGACAAUACAAUAACGAAGACUGCCUGUUAACGUUGCUUUUUAAUAUUGUACCACUGAACCAGACGAAAAACCAGAGAUUGAUGUGUCAACACCACUGAUAAAGUGGUGUCUAUAUUGAGCAGCUGGCCUAUUGUUUUAACAAGAAAACAUACAGGGAAAUUUAAUCUUAUAAUAUAACAUCAUUAUUAGAUACUUAAUUGUUUAGGAAAUUAGCUGGUAAUGCUGAUGUAGUUCCUAAGAAAGAGUAAAACUUAGCAGCUUCUUGAUAUUGAAAUUUUGCGCUCAAUUUUCCGUGUAAUUAUGUGCAAUAAUCGGAGUUUUGUUUAAAAGAUAAUGAAUUCGGUUCCAUUAUGGAGACUGAAUAAAUUUUUGGCGAGUAUACAAUAUUGUAGGAUUUGCUUCUUAUCCAACUGAAUUCAUUAUUUCAGGAGAACGUUCAUUUCGACUAUUUAUUGUGAUGUUGAUUGUACAUUAAAUGUAAGAAAAAUAUCUAUUGAAGUAUUUAAACAUGUAAUUAUACAGAAUGUAGUAGAUUUUAUUAAUUUAUCAACGGGUCUAUUCACUGUCAGUUAUUUGUAGAAAAAUUAUUAACGAAAAAUAUGUAUAGUAGAAUUUAUGUAACUCACAGUGUUGAAAUUCAUAUAUCAUAAAAGAAAUAAAUCAUAACAAAUCUA